AAGACUCCCCUGAAAUUUGGGUAGACCAUCUCUUUGAUCCACUUAAUUCCAUUUGACAGGUAAAUGCUACGUUACUUAUAAUUUGCCCCCUAGGUUUGUAUAAAGGCUUUAAAUGUGCAAACCCUCCAAAGUCUUCUGUGAUGGACUUGUCAGGCGUUUGGAAGCCAUCCCGGCAGAGGCAGGAAUCCAGGCGUGGCAAUGUACCUUUUGCAAAGACAGGGGUAGUUGGUAAAACAGGAUUUGUGAAGCAACAGGAAAAAUUCUUCAAAGUGCCUUUCUCAUGUCUCGUUUCUGAGGUUCUGCUGUCGGACAACAUGGCCCAGGUUACUGUUGGCGUGCUGAUAGAAGAACGUCACGAAAACAGAAGCCAAGAAACCACAGAUGGAUUCCAGGUUAAACUCCUGAGUGACAGCGAAUUGCAGAAACAGCUCCUCUUCUAUGGAGUCGAACCUGGACCAGUACUACCUUCUACGCGGACUCUUUAUGAGAACAAGCUAUUAGAGUUGAUGAAUUCGAGCCCACAAACACCACGUGGCCAGACAAAUGAAACGGAAGACCUUGACCGGUAUUCAGAAACAGAGGAGGAGAAAACAAAAGAGACUAGUACUGCAGUAGUCCUUGAAACAAAAGACUUCAAAGUGACAGCAGCCUGUGCCUCUGGCUAUGAUAAAGCUUCACACACAGAAGUUUCAGAACGUCACAAGAAACUCCUGUCUCCUGAUACAGAUUACAGUCUUGCCAAGAUAGUAGCAGAGCUGGAACAAAUAUUGCCAGAGGAUAAGCUGGCAGCGCAUCUGAUGCAUGGACAAAAGCAGUCAGGUGGCAGCAGCCCUCAGCCCACACGCAGGAAAACGAUAGCUGACACACCUGGGGGCACUGCUGGCAAAGAUGAUGGCCAAGGUGAAACAUGGUUUCCAGCCCCUCAGUCUCCUGUCGGGAUAAGUUCUAGGCAAAGAGCAGCCAAGGAGAGUGGCCAGUCAACCAAGGAGACUGUAGAGACGGUCAGGGUGGAGAAGGAGAAGCUGAAGCUGGAAAAGGAGAAAUUCAGGUCAGAAGUGGCCCGAGAGGAUGCUCAUCAAGGGCUCAUACCCAUGCCAGUGAGGAUCGCCAUAUUCACCAUCUUCAUCUUUGUGCUCUUUGUGUACGUUACAAUGGAAACAAACCCAGCCAACCCCUUCCUCCAGUUCAUCAUGGGAAGAGGGCUCUAGCAGUGCCACGCGUCCUUGUUAAGGAGCAUUUAGCCGCGACUCAACACUAAAGAAGGCGUGCUUUUCUCUUCCCUGCAACCUGUGAGCAAUCUCUGCAGGUAGCAAAUUAAAAGACCAAAGUGAGGGGAAAAUAUAUAGUCACUGAGUUUUGUUUGUCUGGUGUUUUGUUAGACAGGAGCAUCUGACUGCUUUAUCGUUUCUGGCCUGCACAGGUAGAAGUCAUUGGCUGGCGCACGUCUUUGGCCAGUUUCACCACUCGGAAGUAUUUAAGGGAUUGCAUUUUUUAUCUAGCUGAUCAUUGGCUCCGUAAGAAGUUAACCUUUUCUCCUAUGGAGCCAUUCUCUUCCCAUAUGGGAGAAGCACUAGCUUUAGGCUCAGGAGAGAAAUUGCACCCAGGCACGGUGAGCCAAGUAACAGCCACCCUGACACCACAGAAAGUGAGAAGCGAGUCUUAGAGCUUCAGGGAAUCUUUCUCGCUGUAUCUCAGCCUUGACUGAGAGGAUACCAUCUCUUCCACCCCUCCAAUUUUCGUAUUGGAAAGGGGGGCUGUGGGUGUCGGCGUACUUCAAGGUCGACGGCAUGCUCUCCUCAUUUAAAGGCGACUGCUUUUUGUAAUACAGCUGAGAACCUAAACCACGAAUGAUGGUGACUUUCAAAUCAAGACACUUUAAACCAGUAACUGAAAGUGUUUUAUUGACCAAGACUGAAUCGAGGGCUUUUAAUGCACUCAGAUUUUGCAGUAGAGAGACAGAAUGCUGCACUCGGGGCUUGACCCUGAGAAACGCACCAAAAACUUAUUAGAUAUAGGGGGUUUUAUGGCUGCGCACAUAGCCAUUAAAUAGCAUAAAACAGUGGGGGGCAACCUUUUCGGCCGGUGGGCCACAGAUUAGCCCCACUCCCUCCCCGAGCCCCAAUCUAAUCCCUUUCCCCCUGCCUGAUCUGCUGC